CGGCUUUUAACCUCUAAUUUUAUCCAAAACUAUAAAAUAAUGGGUAUCCAAAGUUUUCAUACAUUAGAAAGAGAAAAAUUAUUUCGGAACCCAAGAAAGGAGUCAGCAUAUCCAGAUCUUUUAGCAAUCACUGCUCCUCACAUUGAAUCAUUUAACGCAUUGACUGAUGAUCAAUUAUUAAAUCUUGCAGUCCAAGAUAUUGGGAAAAAAUCAGUUUUUGAUAUGGAAAAUGGAGUACUUGGUAAUAAAUUGUCAUUUCGUGUCGAAGAAGUUCAAAUUGCAAAACCAACUCUUCCAACUCGUGAACGUACAUGUAUCAACCGAAAAAUACUCCCAUCAGAAUGCCGUGAACGUUUUUGCACAUAUAAAGCUCGCCUUCUUUUGAAGCUUGCAUGGAGUGUAAAUGAUGGAGAAGAAACAACAGAAAUAAGAGAAUUUGGGCAAAUUCCAAUUAUGGUUAGGUCGAACCGAUGUCAUAUUGAAAAACUAUCACCAGCAGAUCUUAUUGCAUCUAGAGAAGAAUCGGAAGAACUUGGAGGGUAUUUUAUCAUCAAUGGAAACGAAAAGAUUAUUCGGAUGCUUAUUGUCCCAAGAAGAAAUUACGUAAUGGGUUUAAUACGAUCCUCAUUUACAAACAGAGGUACACAUUAUACACAUUUUGGAACACAAAUUCGCUGUGUUAGACCUGAUGAAACAUCCCAAACGAAUACUUUACAUUAUUUGAGUGAUGGAAACUGUAUUUUUCGAUUUUCAUGGAGGAAAAGCGAAUAUUUAGUUCCUGUAAUCAUGAUUCUCAAGGCACUUAUAAAUACAAAUGAUAAAGAAAUUUUUGAUUCUAUUAUUGGAUCAGAUAGAAAGAACACAGUUUUAAUAGAUCAAGUUGAGAUUUUGCUUAGAACAUAUAAAAACUACGAACUUUAUACACAAGAACAAACUUUACAAUAUCUCGGUGAAAAGUUUAGAAUUAUAUUAAACUUGGAUGAAGAUCUUACUUAUGUUUCUAUUGGUAAGGAGUUAUUAAGGAAGGUUGUCUUAGUUCAUUUGGAAAACAAUUAUGAUAAAUUUCGCAUGUUAAUAUUUAUGAUACAAAAACUUUAUAGUCUUGUCUCUGGAGACUGCUGUCAAGAUGAUCCAGAUUCUCUUCAGCAUCAGGAAAUACUUCUUGGGGGUUUUUUAUAUGGAAUGAUUAUUAAAGAAAAAAUAGAAGAUUAUCUAUACUCUUUGAAAAACACUGUUUUGCAAGAUCUUCGAAAAUCAAAUAAUUCAGUUAACUUUUUUGAAAAAAAAUAUAUUUCUAAAUUAUUUCAAAGAGUUCCUAAUGAUAUUGGUUCAAAAUUACAAUAUUUUCUUAGCACAGGCAAUUUAGUUAGUUCUAGUGGCUUGGAUUUGCAACAGACAACAGGAUUUACCAUAGUUGCAGAAAAGCUUAACUUUUAUCGUUAUUUAAGUCAUUUUAGGAUGGUACAUAGAGGUGCAUUUUUUGCAGAUGUUAAAACUACAACAGUUCGUAAACUUCUUCCAGAAGCAUGGGGAUUUCUCUGUCCUGUUCAUACACCUGACGGGGCUCCAUGUGGUCUAUUAAAUCAUCUAACAUAUAAAUGUAAAAUUAUUACAUCAAAUAUUAACAUAGAUUCCAUACCAUAUUUACUCGUAAGUCUUGGAGUAAAUCCAACAUCAAAUAUAGUGAGUAAGGAACAUUCAUGUGUACAGCUUAAUGGAAAAAUUAUUGGAUAUUGUACAGAUAAACUAGCAUCUCAUAUUGCCCAAUUACUUCGUCAUUGGAAAGUCGAAAAUUCACAUAAUGUUCCUUUGGAACUUGAACUUGGACUAAUUCCUAAAUCUUCAGGAGGACAAUACAAAGGAUUAUAUAUAUUUUCAUCAAGAUCUCGCAUGACUCGUCCUGUUAAAUAUCUUGCACUAAAUAAAGAAGAUAUCAUUGGACCAUUUGAACAAGUAUAUUUAGAUAUAGAUAUAGACUCGCAUUUUUCUGGAGAAGUAGAUUCACAAUAUUCUCAUUCUGAAUUAAAUACAUCUAACAUAUUUUCAAUUCUUGCAUCUUUAACACCAUUUUCUGAUUAUAAUCAAUCUCCAAGAAAUAUGUAUCAAUGUCAAAUGGCAAAGCAAACUAUGGGAACACCUGCAUCAUCAUUAAGAUAUAGAACUGAUGAUAGACUUUAUCUUCUACAAACAGGACAAACGCCCAUUGUUCGCUCAAAAACAUAUGAUAUUUAUGGAUUGGAUAACUUUCCUAAUGGAACAAAUGCAGUCGUUGCUGUUAUUUCAUAUACGGGGUAUGAUAUGGAAGAUGCUAUAGUUAUCAAUAAAUCAUCAUAUGAAAGAGGAUUUGCUUAUAGCACAAUUUACAAAAGUGAGAAGGUAGAUUUAGCACAAAAGCGACAAAAGGGGGAAAGGAUUAUAUAUCAUUUUGGAUUUGGAAAUGAUAAACUUCAUCCUAAAUGGAUAGAAAAAUUGGACGCAGAUGGAUUACCAAUAAUUGGUAUAAAAUUAGAGGAUGGCGAUCCUUUGGCAGCCUACUUUGAUGAAACAACAGGAAAAACAAUAAUUCACGAGUAUCAUGGGACAGAAGAUGUUUUUGUAGAAGAAGUUAGAUUACUUGGGAAUGACUCUGGAGAUAUGGAAUGUCAAUGCGUUCAUAUAAAACUUCGAAUCUCUCGUCCUGCAACAAUUGGUGAUAAAUUUUCAUCUAGACAUGGGCAAAAAGGUGUCUGUUCUCAAAAAUGGCCAGCAGUAGACAUGCCAUUCAGUGAGAAUGGAAUACAACCCGAUAUUAUUAUUAAUCCUCAUGCGUUUCCUAGUCGUAUGACUAUAGGAAUGUUCAUAGAAAGUAUGGCCGGUAAAGCAGGUGCACUGCAUGGACUAGUAGAAGAUUCCACACCAUUUAUGUUUAGCGAAAAAAACACUGCAGUAGAUUAUUUUGGGAAACAAUUAAUAAAAGCUGGUUAUGGAUACAAUGGCAAUGAAACAUUUUAUUCAGGAAUUACGGGUGAUAUUAUGGAAGCAGAAAUAUUUAUAGGAAUUGUUUAUUAUCAACGAUUAAGGCAUAUGGUAUCUGAUAAAUUUCAAGUGCGUUCAACAGGACCUGUUCACAGUCUUACACAUCAGCCUGUUAAAGGACGAAAACGUGCAGGAGGUAUUCGUUUCGGAGAAAUGGAGCGCGAUAGCAUAAUAGCUCAUGGAACAGCAUAUAUUUUACAGGAUCGUUUAAUGAAUUGUAGUGAUUAUACAAAAGCAUGGAUAUGUAAACCUUGUGGUUCUAUUCUUUCUCUUACCCCAACUAUGAUCAUGGCUAGUACUGGAAACUCAUUUAGAUCAAACAUAAGAUGUCGCCUUUGUGCAUCAGAAGUUACAGGAUUUGAAAAUGAUUGCGAUAUAUGGCAAGAUAGUACGGGUAAAAAAUUUAAAGGAGGAAAUAAUAUUGCAAUCAUUGCAUUACCAUAUGUAUUCAAAUAUCUUGCAACAGAACUCGCUUCUAUUAACAUCAGACUAAAAUUGAAUAUAAAGGAUUCAUAAUUAUCUAUUAAACGCUAUAUCUUCAUAUUGAUCAUUAUACUAUAC